AUGCUGCUGAAUAUUGUGGCCUUCUACAAGUAUGUGUCUGUUCACAAUGAAGAGAGAAGGAGAAAAGGCUCCUCUUUCUCUCCUUGGCUGGAAGGCAAGGUUCUACCAGAUAGAAAAGCUGUGAAACCAGGCAUGGUACUCCUCUUUGAACUCUUCCUUCUUCGUGGCACCUAUACCUGGAUUGAUCGAGAAGUGGGAUGGGGAGCUUUUCCCUUAUGUGACAGCAAUCUUAAUGCUUUGGAGGGAAAAUUUAAAUGUCCCUUCCUCAGAGGACAUUAUGACUCCAGAAUUGACCGAUUCAAAAAAAUUGAAAAUUUUAUUUCUCAGGACUUGGAUCAUUGGUUAUGCAAUCUCUACUUUCAGAUAAUUAAACUACCUCAGGAUUCAGAUAAGCAAAAUAAGCACGGUAUGCAUGUUCAUCUGCCACCUGAACUUCUUAUGUAUUCAAGCACUGCUGAAAAGAAUGGUGUCUCAGAAAAUGUUGUACAGUCUGGACCACAAGGGCAACCUCUGACCUCCCCAAAAGAUCCUGACACCCAUAAGGGAAGUAUUCCCACUGUUGUAAAGGAAGUGGAAAAGCAGUUUAAUGCUGCGAAAGGAGGAGAAGCGUGCGUGUCAGAAGAAGCUGUGAGGAAAAGAGAAGAGCAUAAAAUGCUUCCAGCAGAGGAUUACCAAGAUUGCUGUGGCAAUGCAGACAAGCACUGUGGCUCGUUUUGGCUGAAGGAGGUCCAAGAAGGUCAUCACAAGGUCAGCAGGAAUAACUCACCUGACCAAUGCUGCGAAUUAAAAUCAGGUCCAGAGAACAGUGCAAGCCAAGAAGAAGGGAAAACAUCUGCAGAGAGCAAUUUUUAUUUGGAAGAGUUGGAGAAAUAUACCUUUUCUGUGUGCUGCCGCUCUGCUGCUGCUGCUGAUGUGAAGCUGUCCAGGCAGGUUGUGGAGCGUUUCCAUUUCGUGGUGUACACGGCCUUUUCAGAGCUGGGAGCCACACGCUGGCGCUCCAGGGACUUCUGGCUGCUUGCACUGCUGGUGGUUGUGCUUUGGUUCCUGAGACUUUACCUGCAUUAUCUGAGCCAGUGGCUCUUCCUUUGGACCAUCUCAGUUCCUGUUGCAAAAUUCCAGCUCUUCCCUCACACUGUGGAACUGUGCUACCAGAACUCCUUGCUGCACACCAGUGAAGAGUUGGCCGUGGUUGUGGUGGGACCCCUAACCUUGAACGCAGGGCUGCUUCUCAUGGUCCUGAUCAGAUGGGGCUGUCAGCAGCUGUUUGACUCAUUCCCUCCCUUCUUGUCAAAGUUUAUCAUAGCUAUGGGACUAUGGACAGUGCUGGACCCCUUGGCAGUGUUUGUAGUGGAUUCAUUCCUGGGGCGGUUUGGGGACAGCGUAGAGAAACCCAUUGCUGAUGCUGCAAAACUCUACUGGGUGUUUCUAAGAGCUGGGGAGUCAGGAGUUCCUGGUGCCUUAAUCACAGUGAUGCUUUAUAUCAUCCUGUUCAUGAUCUCAUCCACAGUGUUGUACCUGUAUUUUUUAAGGCUACAUAGCGAAGGUUGGCUGUUGGAUGUAUUUCGACGCAUCCAUGGUGAGGAAGGCACAUUCUUUGUUCCACUGGACUUGGAGAUUUCCAUCCAGGAGCUGAGCUACAUUAUGAAGAGGGCUGAGCAGUGGAGAGGAAUCAAUGGUGAAAGACGGAUGGUGGCAGUGUCUGAUUACAUCUGGAAGGACCACGCCAGCCAGCCUGGUGGCUCCAGCUGUGACCCCCAGCGCCAGCACGAAAUCCCCCGCGCCGCAGCCAGCCGGGAAGGCAGCACCACUGUUCACGUCUGUGUCUACACGGUUCACCUCAGCGGCUUCCAGGAGCUCCACAGGCGCUUCCUCAGGCUGCCUGACGGGGCUAUCAUCGAGGCAUUUGGUGAUGUUGGUGAGGAAAGUCUUUUGUGUAAAGUGAGCACAGACCAGGAGCAUAAAAGGGAAAAGGACAGUGUGCUGUGCGCAUCUACAUGUAUCAAGCUGAGGGAGAGGAAAAAGAGUACAGCAAGGUGGAAAGGAAAUCGCAUUGUCCCUGACAAGAGCUAGUUCCUGCAGUAACACGUGGCCUGUGGAGUUGUUUACAUCGUGAUCCACAUCCAUGGUAUGGCUACUAUCUGAUAGGAUUUACAUUUCUGAUGGCUGCAUCUCUGCCCAUGCAGCGUUGUCCUGCGAAUGCUCCCGUCAUAGCUCCUCUGUGGCUUCAACAAGCUGUGCAGUGUGGUGAAUUCACAGGAUCAGAUCACAGACUGGAUCAUGAAAACAUAAUUAUUUCAUGUGGCCUUUUCUCCCUUCACAGUUGUGGGACAUUGCUAGAUUUCUCAGGUUUGCUUGUUUCUGCUUUUUCAUCUUUGCUUGUGCAUGUUAACUGUCGUGGGGAAAAUGUUGCUGAUUUGUCUUUCAGAUUUCAUGACUAAAACAUUGACAAUUUUCAGUAAUUAUUCCAAGCACAAUGCUAUUGUAAUUGCAAGACUGUGAGAACACCCAGAAGAGGAGCAAUGAUGACUUCAUCCACCAGUUAGCCAAAUCCCAACAUGCUGCAAAAUUUACAAGAUCUGAGAAACCAUUUUUUCUGAAGCAUUUGUGGUGGCCAUGUCCUGCUUUCCUGUGAGCUACAGCAGCUUAAAGCAUCUUGGAGGUUAUGUUCAUGCUUUCUUAGAAGUAUUGGAGUUAGAACCAGCCAGUUCUCUUUAGUUAGAACCAGUCAGUGCAUAUUCUAUUUGGCUCCAUACAAAUGUAUCAGAAAUUGUCCAUGCCUCAAAGGCAAGAACUAUGAGAGACCACAGAAGAAGGUGGGAAGGGGAACAUAGGCAAGAAAUGUGAAAGAAUUUGUGCAAGGACAUCUAAGUCAGAGGCAAAUGGAGAAAUACAGGGCAAACUGCCAGCAUCCGGAUUCAGUCUUCCUUUUUUGUCCUGAAAAUGAAGCUAGAAACUGGAAGAAGCUUACCUUACUGCUAUUUUGAAUAGUUUGUGUAGAAUUCUGUAGUCAAGGUAGUAAUCAGAGAAUUUUUUUAGCAUGUUAUGAUUUUCUGGUGUCUCCUUGUUCACACUGCUAUGGUAAAAGUUUUUCAGAUGCAUUUAUCUUUGUAAGAUCUUACUCAGUAUUUUGAGCAUCAUUGAUUAAUAGCACUACUUAAAUCUAUAGUUCUCAUCCACCUGCAUAAACAUUAAAUUACAUUAGGUAGCAACCUAAAGGUUUAAAGGUCACUUCUGAGCACAGUUUUAGUUUGGGAAUACAAGGUUUGGUUUCCCCCUUGUUACUUGUUUUCUUUUUUUUUCUUUUUUUCCAGUUUAUUUGUGUGGGUGUGCAUAUGUCUGUGGGUAUUUUAUGACUUAUGCCCAGGCAGAAAGGGUGUUAAAAACUUCUGAAUAUCUACAAGAAUUGAUGUGAUUUUUGUGGCUUUUUUUGCAUAAGAUAUUACUUGGAUUACUUAUCUCUGUCAUAACUGGAAUAAAAUUGCCUUUUAAUGUUUGCUUUGCCUGUUGACACUUUAAACUUUUCUACAUAACUUUGGAAAAGAAACUAGCUGAAGAGAAACCACCCAGUAACCUAUUGCAGUUUCUGGGUGACAGUACCAAGCUGCUUUGGGCAGUAUCUUACUAUGUGUAUCUUCCUGGCCUCGGUUUUGCCUUUCAGCAUGACUGACUAUAAUGGUAAAAUCCCUUUGGCCAAUAUUAUACCCUGAGUUUCUCACCACUGAGUUAAGAUAUCCCAGUCUGGUUCUGUGAGAUUUUUACUUUGGUGUUCGUAAUACAGUGUUGGAAUUUAGUCUGAUGGUGGACUGACUUUAUGUGUGGAACCACCACAGCUUAAGUUCUGAUAGGACUGUGUUGAUUUUUCUGACAAAUGUGGCUCUAGUACUGAAACUUUGUUCG